CAGAUGAUCUCACUACUCCUCGUGCUCCUGUCCUCUGCACUGUGCUGGGCCUCCUCUCAUAAACCCAAUGAAAACAUAGAGACUCUCAUGGAUAACGUUCUGGUGCUGAGGGUUCCCUAUGGCCAGGACAGCAUGAAGUAUGUUCCUCUGACAUGUGGAGAAACUCUUCAAAAUCAGACCGUGUUCUGGAAGAAAAAUGGCCAGGAGCUUGACCCACCUCUCCAGGGAAAUCAGGUCAGCGUCCUGGUGGAGGAGAUGAACGGAGGAAAUUACACUUGUCACCUCGGUCCUGAUGGAAAAUACCUCAACCACACCACGAUCAUGAUCCAACUUUACCCAGACAACAGAACUGUCAUACUGGAAGAAAGAUCCAACGAAGGUCACAUCCACUGUUCAUCACCGAACUAUCAAGGUAUAUUCCACUGCACCUGGAAAAGAACAGGAUCCAGAGCCAACGCUGCCGUGCUCCUGGUGAAAGCAGAACGCCACUUGGAGACGUUAUCAUGUCAGGUGGACGCUGACGGAUCAGGGGUUCACUGUCACAACGCCAGCUGCCUGUUCGAAGAAGAACAACACCGCAUCUCCCUCACCGUCUACAUCCACAGCCACUCUCGCUUGGAGGCCUACAGGAAGGAUUUCUUCCUGAGAGACAUCGUGAGACCUGCAAAACUCUCUGACUUGCGAAUCAGGGAUGGGAAGGUGUUCAGCUGGAACUACCCUGACACGUGGGAUACCCCAUGCACCUUCUUCGUCCUGCAGUUCCAGGUCAAGGUGGUCGAUAACCACAAUUCCUGUAACUCUGAAAAGUUCCUAAUGGAGAACAUCACUGCGGUCAGGGAAUAUGAAGUCAAUGUCAAAACCAAGAGAUACGUUUUCUGUGUGCGAGCUCAGGACAUGUACACCAACGGGCCAUGGAGCCCCUGGAGUCAAUGCAUAGUGAACAAACACCAUGUGAGCUGCUAGUUUCUUCACUGGACUGAUGCCACAACAAAGGAAGGUUAUGAGGAUAGAAGAAACUUUUUCACA